CAAGUCACCAUAGCGGCUUCUGUGGAAUACUCGAGAAAAGCGCUCGAAUGGAUCAUCAACAACGACGUGUUACUUCUGAAAAUGAAGAAGAAUUCCGUGCUAGUGCGGGUGUUACAAGCAGACGGUGUCGAUUCUCGAGAACAAAUCUCUCGAAUGAUCAACGCAAUCGCCAGCUACACAAAAGGACGACAAUAUCUUCUUGGUCAUGUUCGCGCGUUCAUCACCUGUGUUGUGCCAGUCUUACGUGGUCGUCGACUUCCGACCUCUACACAAGAACAACUGAUUGCCACUCUUCAGAAGACCAGCGUUAGACCGUUAUGCCAACGUGAACUGCUGCAAUGCGGGAUGCUCCAGUGGGUGGUGAAUCUACUCGAAAGCCGAACAACACCGUACGCUACCGAGUACGCGUGCUCAUUAGCCAUCAAUUUGUCGUUAAACUCGCACAGCCACUCACUGCAACUUCGUUUCGCCGACUCGCUGGCGGCAGCAGCAUGUAAUGUGUUGAGUAGAGACACACACGGUGUAAGUAUGGCUUGCUAUUUGUUGAAUUCACUGGUACUCGUUUGGCUUGGAUGUAGUCGGGUGCGACUGAGAGCAAAAGAUACACGACUUCUGGACGCAUUGCGCAUGAGGAAUAUGAAGAAGAAUUGUCCGCUUUGCGAACUCCACAUUCCCUAUCUGUUAGCUGUUAUAUUUGUACCACUGCGAAUCCCGCCAACGUCUCCUCUAGAAGGUCGUGAAACCGACAGAAUGAGCGGAGCUUUCGGCCGCGAGCCUCUCUGUCACAACCACAGUCGAGCCAAAGUGCAACCUUGGUUAAUAAAACUUGUACACCCUGCACUUUGCACUUUGACAUUAACAAAUCGUGUUUCUUCAUGUGCCGUGCGAAUGCCAAUCAAUAUUUAA